AUGCCUCCACCAGAUACAAUGUACUGCGCUCAGCAAAUCAACAUUCCCCCAGAACUGCCGGACAUAUUAAAACAGUUUACCAAAGCUGCCAUCAGAACACAGCCACAUGACGUAAUUCAGUGGGGAGCUGCGUAUUUUACAGCAUUAUCUAAAGGUGAAACUCUCCCUGCUAAAGAGAGACUAGAAAUACCAGUGGCAACGCAAAAAACAGACACCGGACUGACUCCGGGCCUUCUCAAGGUCCUUCAUAAACAGCUCACACCAAAACAGUCAGUAACUAAGGAGGAUUUAGAGGAGAAGUGGAAGGAUCUUUGCCUGCCACAGGAGCAGCUUCACAUGCUUCUGUCGCUUGGUUUCUUCAGCGCAGAAAUCGACUGGAUGGAGUUCUUUGCUCUUGGGUGCAGUGCACUGGGUGGGACCAUUUUGAGCGCGCUUAAAGUUGCCUGUGAGAUCCUAACUGAUGAUCCGGAAGGCGGAGCGGCCCGGAUUCCUUUUGACACGUUUGUGAGUCUCUACUCGUACCUGGCCCGUCUGGACGGAGAGAUCCCUCAAGAUCAGAUCGAUAGCUUUCUUAAGAGUCUACAGGAGCAUGUGGCAAAACAAAACGGCAUGAUCCAGGUGGCCGAUUUCUACAGCCGCAAAAAAUAG